CGGAGGCCGGGGACCCGCGUCUGCGCGGAGCUGGUGGGCCGCGCGCGGGAACCCGCGGAGGCGCCGACCGGACCAGGCGGGUCCUGGGAGGAAGGGGUUCGUUGGAGGCGGCUCUUCCUGCGCCGCCUCGGGCGAGCAGCGGUGGAGCGCGGAGCCUCGGCGGACCCGGCCCAAAAGUCCGUUGUGCCGCGGCCCGCGUGACCGGAGUCUCCCACGCCGGCCUGCGCCGACCCGGUUCGUUUCGCCCACGCCUACCCGGCUGACUGAGGCCCACGCUGUCCAGCGCUGACUAGGGCUGCCACCCCGCUGUCACUCCCGCGCAGACGCCCGGGCGGGCAGCUGGGUGAGCUGCGUUUGCAAGGCGGAGGCCCGAGGUGCUGGGGAAUCGCGUGGACGCCGGUUGAUGGGGAGUCCAGCGAGGGAGACAGGCCCGCAGGGAGAAAUGACAAACUGGCUGUCCCGGAACCUUGAGCCCCAGACUGGACCCCAGAAGGGCAGGAGCCAGUGAGAGGACCGCGUCGUCCCGGCAACAAGUUCUUGUAGUGACAGAUCAGGGGUGUGACCUCCGUCCACACGAAAUGUGACAUUUCGGCUACAGUUGAAAUUCUUCCUUGCUGCCGCCAUCCUGCACCCCAUAGAAAUUCUUCCACCUGGCCUGUCUUUCCUCGGCUCACGGGGCUCCCCUGUGCUCCCAGGAGCUCGGCACCAGCUUAGCUUCUCAUUCCAGUCAGCGCCAGCUUAGCUUCUUAGAGCCCGUCAUGAGGACUGUGGCCACCAUGUUGGUCCCGUCCUGUCCUCACGGCAUUUGUUCUCUUACCCUCUUAGGAAACCUGCCUUCUCCCUCCCAGACCCUGUAGGUGAGCUGAGGAUAGACUGAUUGGCCUUUGUUGGGCCACUGUUCCCUUCCCCAGGGUGCAGCGUCUUUACCCGCUUCUCUAAUUUUUUUUUUUGGCCAUACCGCGAGGCAUGUGGGAUUUUAGUUCCCCGACCGGGGAUUGAACCCGUGCCCCCUGCAGUGGAAGCUUGGAGCCCUAACCACUGGACCACCAGGAAGGUCCCUUUACCCGCUUCUCUAGGGCAGUCACAGCUGUUCCAUGCUUCCAGGAAAAAGCGGCCUCCCACUAUCAGAUGUACUACAGCUUACGAAACGAAACCGUUAAAAUUCAUAGUAAUAGCUACCAUUGCGGACCAUGUGGGUCUCAGGCUUUUUAACUAAGCACGUGGUGUACACGGCUUCUUUUCAUCCAACACUGCAGUUAUGCACAGCUGGGGAUGGUCCCGUUUAAAGUGAGCGAACUGAGGCCUAGUCAGACCAGGCGUCAGCAACAGUGUGUGCCUAGAAUCAUCUCCACCAUGUGUAGUCGUUCUGCCACCAACAGAGGAGGAGGAGUAUUCAUUUGUCCGGCAGGAUGGACAAUGGCAUUCACACAGGGUCUCUUCCACCUUGCCGCCCCACAGCCCAGCUCCCCCAGGUACAGGAAGCACCUGGGUGGAGGCCUUCCUCAGCGGGGCCAGAGAUGGCGUCCGUGGACUUCAAGACCUACGUGGACCAGGCCUGCCGCGCCGCUGAGGAGUUCGUGAACGUGUACUACACCACCAUGGACAAGAGGCGGCGGCUGCUGUCCCGCCUGUACAUGGGCACGGCCACGUUGGUGUGGAACGGCAACGCCGUUUCGGGACAAGAGUCCUUGAGUGAGUUUUUUGAGAUGCUGCCUUCUAGUGAGUUCCAAAUCAACGUGGUAGACUGCCAGCCUGUUCACGAUGAAGCCACCCCGAGCCAGACCACGGUCCUCGUGGUGAUCUGUGGGACGGUGAAGUUUGAGGGCAACAAACAGCGGGACUUCAACCAGAACUUCAUCCUGACAGCCCAGGCCUCGCCCAGCAACACGGUGUGGAAGAUUGCCAGCGACUGCUUCCGCUUCCAGGACUGGGCCUGCUAGUGGCGUGGGGAGACACCCCCAGACUGAACUCUGUGCUCCCUCGAGUCCCAGGGGCCCUUUUCACGGCGUACACUUGUCAUAGCUGCCUUUUCAAAGUAGUAAAAUUCUCUAUUUUUCUACUUGCCCAGUAGAGACCCUGUCUCUGGAAAUUCUGAUGAAUAAAAUGAUAAUAUGAAUGUUG